AUGGUCAAAAGUGUCAUGGUCACGUACGCCCUGUGGGCAGUGGGAGGCCCCUUUGGCCUUCAUCAUUUCUAUUUAGGAAGAGACAACCAUGCUUUAUUAUGGAUGCUCACGCUGGGAGGUUUCGGCGUGGGCUGGAUCAGAGAGCUUCUCCGUAUUCCAACAUAUGUGGCUGUAGCCAAUCAAGACCCAGAUAUGGAGAGGAGAAGGUGUGUGAUGACCACGUCCCCUCCACCUGUAAACCUAGUUAGAGUUGCUGGCCAGGUGUGUGUUGGGAUCUACUUUGGCACCGUGGCACUGAUUGGGCUGAACUCACUCAAUUUCUUUGACUUGCUUAUCCUGCCGUUGUGUGUGGGUGCAGGGGUGCAUUUGGUGUCCACUAUAGGCCAGCAGACCUCUGAUCUUCGAAAAACUCUCACGGCUUGUCUUAUAACCUCUCCAUUCUUCUAUGGCAGCACUUUAUCCCCUCUGCCCAUUAGCCUGGCAGCCAGUCUCACUGCCACACAGCAUCGCAAGUACAAGAAAGCUCAGACAGGAAAUAAACAGGAACUAGGUCUCCGGCUUUGCAAGUUGACUCUUGCUUGGCUGGUCUUCUCUGCUCCAUUGGCCUAUUGUGUUUUCCAUAACACCACUGCCACUUUGUAUUACCUGUCUGACUGCAUGGCAGUACUGCUGGAUGUUUUUUGGUUCCUCCCUUGGCUCAGAAACUUAGUAGAGUACAUUCUCCUAAUGCCAUAUCGCUUAAUGUGCGUCUUGACUGGAGGAAGCUAUUAUGAAGAGGCCUGGAAGAAAAUGCUGGAAAUACUCCUUAAAGACUACACUGAGCGGGAAAAAGAAGCGCUGAAGGUCUUAUCACUGGGAGCAGAGGCCUCUCUUGAAGAGAUAACUCGAGGGUAUAGGGAGCUGGCCAAAAUAUGGCAUCCUGACCACAAUCCCAGCAAGGAUGCUGAAAUGACAUUUGUCAAGAUUCACGAGGCGUAUGAGGUUCUUCUACGACGCUACAAGCCCCGCCGCUUCAGAUAG